AUGAAGACCACUUUCCUGCUAAUUUUCUUCUGGGGUUUAUCCUGUGCUCUUCCUGUAGCCAGAUAUCUACACACAGAUUCUGAGAGUUCUGAAGAAGUGAAGGAUCAUUUGGCGCCAACACCAGUUUUAUCCUUGGAGAGUAGUGAGUCAUCAGAAGAAAGUAAAGAUAGCUCAAAGGAACAGACAAAUGAAGAUAGGAUAGACUUCAGUGAUAGUACUGAAUCAGAGGAAGACAUGGGCCUUACUGAUCAAGAGUCUGUUUAUAGACUAUCUGACAGCUCCUUUAAGAGUGGAGGAAAAGAUAAUGAUAAGAAUGAUGAUGAAGAUGACAGUGGAGAUGACACUUUUGUUGAUAUAGACAAUGGUCAAGGGUCCAGGGAAAGACAUCAACAAGAAGGUGAAAACCUGUGGCCUGGAAGUGAGGAUGAUUCUGACAUGACUCUACACAGCGGAAAUAGGGUUGCCGAUGGGAAAGAUGUCAGUCACAAUGCUGUCAGUGACGAAAGCAGUCAGAGUGAGAGCAGAAGCCUUGAAGAAGAGAAUGAAAGUCAUGAGGUCCAUAAGAGUGAUAGUGAUGAAUUCACUGUGGAAGGAAGUCAACCAAGCUCCAGCAACUCCAGAGAUGAUUCUUCAUUUGAUGAUGAAGGAAUGCAAGGCGAUGAUGCAGACAUGGUGGGUAGCAUGAAAAGCAAUUCCAGAAUGAUUAAUUACAGAAAAAAAAAGAUUAACAAGACAAAGGGUCAGAAGGGAAGCAGACAAGAUUCUGAUGUGAGCCAAUUGAUGGGACAGCGUGGCAGGAAAUCCUUCCAAAAGGCACGCAUCUCAGAGGAGGAUGACUGGGAUGAAACUAAUGAUAGCAAUACCAUGGAAGAAGCCAUGAGUGACUCUGCAGAAAAGAGCCAAUCCAGUGAAAACAGUCAGUCCCGUGAAAACAGUGAAUCCCGUGAAAACAGUCAAUCUCGUGAAAACAGUGAAUCCCACGAAAACAGUGAAUCCCAUGAAAACAGCAAAAGCAAAUCCCAAGAAGACAGCAACAGUCAGUCUCAGGAAGAUAGCCAAAAUAUGCUGGAUCUCAGCAGUGACUCCAGACAACAUGAUGAUGAUUCUCAUGAAAAGCAAAGUAAAUCCCAGCAAGAGAAUGAAAAUGUUUCACGGGGUGAUAACCCUGACUCUGAUGGAGAGAGUGUUGGCCUUUCUGAAGUUAAUAAGGAAGAUAGUAAUUCUUCUGAAGAUAGCAACCUAACCCAGUCCUCCAAAUCAGAAAGUGAAUCCUCAGAGGAACAAAGCAACAGUGAAUCUAAGGAGAGUAUGAGCCCCUCAGAGGAAAGCAAAGAGUCACCUGAGGAUGAAGACAGUUCUAGUCAGGAAAGCUUCCAGUCUCAGAGCUCAUCAGCAGAGAGCCAAAGUGUCUCCAAGGAGGACAGUGGGGAAAGCAGUUCUGAACAGUUGCAAGGAGAGGGGAAUAGUCAAUCUGAAGAAGAUGCCAGGGCAUUUCAGGAAAACAGUAAGCUUAAAGAAAAUGUGAAUUCUAGUGAAAGUACAUCAGAAAGCCUGUCCAGAAGCAUUGAGAUAGAAAGUAGAAAGCUGGUAGUUGACACUUAUCAUAACCGACCAAAAGGAGACCAUGAUGACAAUGACUGCCAAGAUGGUUAUUAG